UCAUCUUCCAGCUCAAACAAACACUCAGCCAUGUCCACAGCCGCAGCAUCGGCGCCGACCUCUGCUCCCAAAACGCCAAAACGGAGGUCCAAGGCCAAGAAGUCUGGAGCCAGUGUGUCUGAUUUGAUCCUGAAGAUCGUGUCCUCCUCAAAGGAGCGCGGUGGAGUCUCUCUGGUGGCCCUGAAGAAAGCGCUCGCUGCCAAUGGUUAUGAUGUGGUCAAAAACAACUCGCGCAUCAAACUGGCAGUGAAGCGACUGGUGGCAAACGGCCGGCUGAUUCAGACCAAAGGCACCGGAGCAUCAGGAUCAUUCAAGAUCGGCUCAAAAGCUGCUAAAAAGCCCAAGAAGGCAAAGGCGAAGAGAAAGACGCCAAAGAAAGGAAAGAAAAGGACGACCAAGAAGCCUGCUGGGGCCAAGAAAUCUCCAAAGAAGAGGAGAAGAAAGGUUCUGAAGAGUCCCGAAAAAGCCGACGAGACAGCCGCGGUCAAGAAGAGCCCAAGACCCAAGAGAGCCAAACGAAGAGCUUCCAAAACAAGCAGAGCAAGAACACCCAAGAAAUAAUUGAUUUAUAGCAUAAUCAGUGUUCUUAUAUUUUAUAAAGAAUUGCUGCAUUCGUUUAAUGCUUUGUAAAAAAAAAUAAAAUUAUUCUUAAUUGC